UUCAACUUUUGCUGCAUUGACCUAAAUAUUCAUUACCAAUGGCUUCCACCAUUGUUUAUGGGCUAUGCAUGGUGAUUUCAUGGGCCAUGGUGCUCAUGUCCACUAAUGCAGGUGACCCGGACAUUCUCUCAGACUUCAUCCUCCCUGCCAACAUCACUAAUCCAGAAGGCAACUUCUUCACGUUUACAGGCAUGCGAGUUGUUGUAGGAUCCAACCCACCGCCCAAUUUCAAGGUGACAAAAGCUACUAAAGCCGAGUUCCCAGCUUUGGAUGGCCAAAGUGUGUCGUACGCUGUACUGCAAUUCCCUUCUGGUGGCGUGAACCCACCACACACCCACCCACGCUCCGCAGAGCUCCUGUUCCUGGUACAAGGCUCUUUGGAGGUAGGGGUGGUGGACACUACUGGCAAGCUUUAUGCUCAAACCCUUCAAACUGGAGACAUGUUUGUGUUCCCGAAAGGCUUGGUUCACUACCAGUAUAACUCCAAUGCUCAAUAUCCGGCCAUGGCUUUGUCGGCAUUUGGGAGUGCCAGUGCAGGAACGGUGUCCGUUCCGACUACUCUCUUCACCAGUGGGAUUAGUGACGAUGUCUUGGCCAAGUCUUUGAAGACUGAUGUUGCAACUAUCCAGAAACUCAAGGCUGGACUCGCCCCGCCUAAGCCUUGAGAAUGAUUUUUUAAACGUGCAUGGAAUAACUGCAUGGCUUAUGCCUGCUUGUGUGUGUCUAUUACUUGUAUUAUUGAUUCCUUGAUAUUGUUUGCUACAUUUGUUCUUGGACCCGGUUGCUAUGCGGCCAAGCGUGCAUUGGUAGAAUUGCAGGCCCAUUAAUAAAUCUACUUGUGAAA